GUCUCUGCGUUUCUUUUCACAGACUUCGCCUCUUCUGAGAUCACGUCCGGUAGUUUUCUGUCACGUGACUCUCCGGCAAUCCGUGUAAGAUGGCGGCGUGCGUGUUGUCGCCGUUGGGGCCUGAAGAGGGAGCCGCAAAACUGAGCCACAAAAAGUACAGAGCACUUUUGAAGAAAGAGAAGCGGAAGAAGAAAAGACAAACAUUGGCAAAACUGAGAGAUGCAGGUGAAACAUUCGAGAAAUCAGAGAAAGAUGAACACAUUUCUGAAGAACUGGAUGAUGAAGAAAUACAACUUGAAGAAGAAAGGCAAAGACUUCAUGAAGAGUGGUUGCUGAGAGAGGAAAGAGCUCAAGAAGCUUUCAGGAUCAGGAAAGAAAAAGAAGAGGCAGCAAGAAAACGACAAGAAGAGGAAGAGCAAAAAAUAAAAGAAGAGUGGGAGGAACAGCAAAAGAAAGAACAAGAGGAAGAGGACCGGAAACAGCAAGUGAAGAAAGAGAGAGAGGAAGCUGUGCAGAAGAUGUUGGACCAAGCUGAAAGUCAGCUAGAAAAUGGAACUACGUGGCACAAUCCAGAACCCCCAGAGAAUAUUGGAACAGAGAAGGAUCGAGCUAAUUGCCCUUUCUACAUUAAAACUGGAGCUUGCAGAUUCGGAGACAGAUGUUCUCGGAAACACAAUUACCCAACCUCUAGCCAAACACUCCUUAUUAGGGGCAUGUUUGUUACUUUUGGGAUGGAACAGUGUAAAAGAGACGACUAUGAUACAGAUGCUAGCCUGGAAUACAGUGAGGAAGAAAUCUACCAGCAGUUUCUAGACUUCUAUGAAGAUGUACUUCCUGAAUUCAAAAACGUAGGGAAAGUCGUCCAGUUCAAGGUCAGCUGCAACUUUGAGCCUCACCUUCGAGGAAAUGUGUACGUUCAGUAUCAGUCAGAACAAGAAUGUCAGGAGGCUCUUGCUUUAUUCAAUGGUCGAUGGUAUGCAGGUCGUCAGCUUCAGUGUGAAUUCUGCCCAGUAACAAGAUGGAAAACAGCGAUUUGUGGUUUGUUUGAAAGACAAAAGUGUCCAAGAGGGAAGCACUGCAACUUCUUACAUGUAUUCAGAAAUCCAAACAAUGAAUUUUGGGAGGCCAACAGAGAUAUUCACAUAUCCCCUGAAUGGACUAAAGAAGCAAGUAAAAACUCUGAAAGGAGGAAUCGGUUGGGCUACUAUGAAGAACAUUAUAGCAGGUCAAGGAGAAGAGGCAGUCCAAGUCCAGAUCGUGCUUACAACAAAAGAAAUGGGGAAUCUGAGAAGAAAAAGAGCCAUCACAAGCAUAAAAAAAGACAUCUUUCCAAGAGGUCAGAAAGCCGCGGAAGAAAUAGGUCACAUAGUAAAAAGAAAAGGGGACGGAGUCACACCAGGAGCUUGACUCGUAGCCAAAGUUCCUCUCGGUCAAGGAGUCGAGGCAGAAAGAGAUCCAGUAGCAGAGGAAGAAACAGUUGAGUGACUGUAAGAUGUUUGAGUUAAAAAUCCAACCAAACUAUUACUUACGGAGAUGUUGCAUAUUAGAGACCCUUUCUUGUAUUGCUGUGCUUCAAAAAUAAAACUGCUGUGCACUUCCCAGUCUUAUUUUUUUGCAAUAAAUUAUUUUAAAAUAA